AUGGCUCACCAAUCCGUGAACAACAAUGGCCUUCUAACUUUCACUGAGCCUCUGUCCAACUACAUCCCCCUUCUGAGUUCUGGAAGAGAUAUCAUUGCUCCUCUUUGGACUCGCCUUGAUAACAGAUGUGGAGGAACCAUCUCCUACAGAGAAGAAACAAGCAGUGCUGUACUGGCGCAAGUCACUGCAACAGUUGGGCAAUACUUCCCUAACGUAACCUUUGCCGCUACGUCAGCUUUUGUGGCUACCUGGGACAGUGUGCCAUACUAUGAAGGUGGAGGGAUGGCUACUUUUCAAGUGGUUCUAGUCUCCAACGUCCAUCGCUCUUUUAUCCUGCUCAACUAUGGGAACAUUUCAGAAACAGAACAAAUUUGGCAGGCUGGAUACAGCACAGAGGAUUCUGUCAGUUCUUUCACAAGUCCAGCAACCAGUGCCCCACAGCUCUCUUCUAGCAGCAAUAUCAAUGUGAAUGGCCGCUGCUCGUUCCAUGUUGACGGCUCACCAAACUUGCCAACUAAUCUCCUGCCUUCUGGGAAUAAAGACAUAGUGAACCCCCCUGCUGAAGAUGGAAGCUCUGGUGUCAUUUACUUGCAGCAGCCUUUCAAAUACUUUGGACGCACAUACAAUCAGAUCUUCGUGAACAACAAUGGCUAUCUAACGUUUACUGAGGCACUGACUGCCUCCAGACCCUUUCUGGAUUCUGCAAGAGACAUCAUUGCUCCUCUUUGGACUCGCCUUGACAAUAGACACGGUGGAACUAUCUCCUAUAGAGAGGACACAAGCAGCGCUGUACUAGCACAAGUCACUGCAGAUGUUAAGCAAUACUUCCCUAACAUACCUUUUGCUGCUACUUCAGCUUUUGUCGCUACCUGGGACAGUGUGCCAUACUAUAAUGGUGGAGGGGUAAGACUUACAGUAGUCUUUGAUUAUCAGUGA